AUCUGGUCCGGACAGUGGCACCGCCAGGAGUGAGAGUGCUGGAUGCCGAGGGGGUCUGAGCCUGGGCUAGCGUGUGCGGAAGGCCCAGUCUCCUGAUCGCGGCUGGCAUAUGGGGCCAUGGCCCGGCUCCUGGGGCAUCCGGAGGCCCCCGACGCGGAGCCUGGCAGCGCAGGCCGACGGGGCCGAGGUGGCCGCGGGGCCCGGGCGCGCCACGUCAUUAUCAACGUCGGGGGCUGCAGGGUGCGUCUGGCCUGGGCCGCGCUGGCCCGCUGUCCCUUGGCGCGCCUCGAGCGCCUGCGAGCCUGCCGCGGCCACGACGAGCUGCUGCGCGUGUGUGAUGACUACGACGUGAGCCGCGACGAGUUCUUCUUCGACCGCAGCCCGUGCGCUUUCCGCGCCAUCGUGGCGCUGCUGCGCGCCGGCAAGCUGAGGCUGCUGCGCGGCCCGUGCGCCCUGGCCUUCCGCGACGAGCUGGCCUACUGGGGCAUCGACGAGGCGCGGCUGGAGCGCUGCUGCCUGCGCCGCCUGCGCCGCCGCGAGGAGGAGGCCGCCGAGGCCAGCGCCGCGCAGCCCGCCCGAGGGCCGCCGACCAGCCCGGGCCGAGCCCUGGGCAGCGGGCGGCUGGAGCGAGGCCGACGGCGCCUGCGCGACGUGGUGGAGAACCCGCACUCCGGGCUAGCAGGCAGGCUCUUCGCCUACGUCUCCGUGGCCUUCGUGGCCGUCACAGCCGUCGGCCUGUGCCUGAGCACCAUGCCGGACGUCCGCGCAGAAGAGGAACGGGGCGAGUGCUCCACAAAGUGCCGCAACCUAUUCGUGCUGGAGACGGUGUGCGUGGCCUGGUUCUCCUUCGAGUUCCUGCUGCGCUCCCUGCAGGCCGAGAGCAAGUGCGCCUUCCUCCGGACGCCGCUUGCCAUCAUCGACAUCCUGGCCAUCCUGCCCUUCUACGUGUCGCUGCUCGCGGGACUGGCGGCAGGGCCCACUGGCAGCAAGAUGCUGGAGCGCGCGGGUCUGGUGCUGCGGCUGCUGCGGGCGCUGCGCGUGCUCUACGUGAUGCGCCUGGCGCGCCACUCGUUGGGGCUGCGCUCGCUUGGCCUCACCGUGCGCCGCUGCGCGCGCGAGUUCGGACUGCUGCUGCUCUUCCUCUGCGUGGCCAUGGCGCUCUUCGCGCCGCUCGUGCACCUGGCUGAGCGCGAGCUGGGCGCUCACCGGGACUUCUCCAGCGUCCCUGCCAGCUACUGGUGGGCAGUCAUCUCCAUGACCACCGUGGGCUAUGGAGACAUGGUGCCGCGCAGCCUUCCGGGCCAGGUGGUGGCGCUGAGCAGCAUCCUCAGCGGCAUCCUGCUCAUGGCCUUCCCUGUCACCUCCAUCUUCCACACCUUCUCGCGCUCCUACUCGGAGCUCAAGGAGCAGCAACAGCGCGCGGCCAGCCCUGAACCGGCCCUGCGCGAGGACAGCACGCGUGAUGACAGCACACGUUCGGCCAGCGCCACCGAGGACAGCUCUCAGGACCCUGAGACCGCAGGCGCGGCAGGGAGCUUGCCGGGCCGGGUGGGACCCUGAGCUGUACUAAGAACUUCAAGAGAGUCAAGAGCCUCGGAGGACACCAAGCGCCUGCUGACCCAGGAGUUGCAAACUUGGUCUGGCAUAUCCUUGCAGCUGGCUCGCCUCCCCAAGCAAUCCCCGAGCUUCGCGUAGCCUGGAGGAUAUAGCAACCUGGUCUUUCUUUAUGCUUUGAUUUUCCCUCCAGUUUUAAAUUUUCUAUGGCUAAUUAAAAAUAUAGUCCCAGAAAUUCCAAGUCUGAAGCAAAUACCAGCCACCCUGAACUAAAAUUUGCCCUUCUUUGAUUCAUAUCUCUGGCAGCCCCAGGGAACAGAGGGUGGCAUCUAUCUUGUGACCUUAGUGGGCAAUACCCUAUAUAAAAGAUGGUGUCACCUGGCAUCUGUCACUGCCAUCAUCCACAUCACUUGCCAAGUGUUGGGGUAGUUGACAGGACACUUAGCCCCCUAGUUCUGCCUAUCCACUCAUUGCAUGGGGAAAGAAAUCUCAGGAGUUGACCUCUGUUCCCCAAACCAUCUCUACCAGAUCGCUUGCAUAGUGGCCUUUUAACCCUUUUCCUGCCCUCCCUGGUCUGCAGAAAGGUCGCCUGUCUCCAGGGGAUGUUGGUGUCUCUUCUGUCAGAACGUUUCCCUCAGAUGUGACUCAAGUGAAAACCAAAAGCCUGGUGGGGUGAAAAGGCGUUUCAGGGAGAAGACGAUGAGGGUGCCGCCAGGAGGAAGUGCCGCCUUUCUCUACUCCAUGGAGGCAAGGGAAAUGGAACUUCCCAAAUUGUGUCACUUUGCCCUGUUUCAACAAGCCCACAGGUGGUGGCAUAUGCCUGCAACUGUGCCACUUGGGAAGUGGAUACAGGAAGAUCACAGGUUCAGUGAGCCCCACCACUACACCCAAGAUAGUCAUAGGCUUCCCCAUCAGAAGUAAGGUUCUCUAUCUGCAGGCUACCACCAUUGCCUACUACAUAGUAGCUUUCGGCAAGGGCCCUGUGUGAGCUCAGCACAGGCCCAUUUGGGGCCCUUGCACCAACGGCUUUGCAAGAAUCUACUGUAACCAAAUAAAAAAUUGCCAGCCCCUCCUUAGGUCAGUAGGCUGAGUUCCUCUCACUUGGGUAUCAUUUAUGUUUCUGUGGGGUCCACACUGAGCCUGGGGCUCCUAGAGCUAGGAAGGGGGUUUCCUGUGCUUUGGGGGGUCAGGAAACGCACAGGAGGAAUAGAGUACCCCAAGCCCACUUUGUUAGCCUCCUUGCCCCAACAGUUCAGUAAGUGUCACAUGAUCCUCACUCCCAGGGAAGGUGGGUAAUUUCAGGGUGGCAGGUAGAGAACUGAAUGCAGGACUCAGGGCUUUUGAUAUCCAUGUCAUGUCCUGGGGAUAAGGGUGGCAUGGAGUGGCAGGCAUGCAUAUAAAUGGACUUCACCUGUCAAGGCACGGUCUGAGAGCGAAGGAACCUGGGAAGCAUACAGGUAACCUGGGCCUGCCAUUCCUCCUAGACCAAGCAGAGAUGGAGGCCAGUGAACUACAAAAAAUCUCCCACUUUUUCCAUGUAUCCCCCCUUCUCUGGGAUUUUUGCACAAGCUCUUUGGGGCAAAAAGAAAUGUUCUUUCAAAUGUGGAAACAGCUACCAGGAUGGGCCUGGCCAAGCCUGGCUGAAACCUGGAGCCCGGUAUGGGAUUUGCUUAGCCCUGGCUUGCAGCUCGCCUGAAAGCAGAGCUUUCUUCUUACUGCUGGGCUCACAUCCACCAAGGCCAAGGCUGGCAGGGCCUUCUAAGGUGUUUGUAGUGAAGGAAUGGGGAAGUGCAGAGACAGGAAAAGCUACAGCUUUCCUCUAAGAGGAGGCAGAGCUAGAAGUUACCCAAGUGUACCUUGGGCUCAGGCCAGCCUCACCAGCGUGUGAAACAACCUGGGUAGACCCUGACCACACCGAAGAUGGAUCUGGAACUUUCAAGGAGACUGCCCUUCAUGGAGGAACGGCCUUGGGCUUGCUUAGGUCCUAACAGAGACUUUGGUACCAGCAGACAGAGGUUCAGCCAGAGGCAUCUGUGUCAGGCUGACAUUCAAGGUGGACUCCUUCUCUCAAGGAUCGGUAUGGACACCUGCUAGGCAGGUGCAGUGACUUCCUUCCUGAAGAUCCUGGAAGGAAAUUCCAGGUUGCUGUCCCUUGGAAGCCAGGGAAUCCAUGAGGAGAGAGCAAGGGAUCCAGUCAUUCUAGCCAGAGCACCUUCAACAAGGCCCCCAGAAGCCACCCUGGGUUACCAUAUGGCAAGGGUUGACAGCUAGCUCUGUUGAGAAUGGGGGCAGAGGACACAUUUCUUCUGAGCAAGCAGACCACCAGCUCUAAGCUCCUCUGCCUGUACAGACCAAAGAAGACUCUCCUACUAAAACCUUCUGAGAGGGAUGCAGGGCUUGGACAUGCUGUGGCCUCAGCUUCCUGUUUCGUUUCAGGGAACAUGUAUUCCCCAUAUCCCAGCCAGCCCCCUUAGGACAUAGAGGAAGUCCACGUGGAAACACCUGUCAAGACACCCACAGUGCACUGGCUGCCUUCUUGGUGCACAUGAUGCUCAGAGUCACCACGAGCACAGCAACGAUCGGGCUUAGGAAAGCAGCUCCGUCUCACACCCCAAGAGCUGGGCUAAGCUUGUGUGUGCUAAGAACUGAAGUGAGACACAGCCUCAGCCAUGCGAGCAAUGACCCCCCACAGCCUACCACCACCCUGGCAGGCUAAAGAACAAAGGUCAAUACACCCUGGAGUCAAUACACUGCCUCACUCCUGCUUCGGUUCCCUCCCUGUCGGUCCAGAAUGAUCCCCAAGCCCCUGCUUUAACAUCUUAGGAACCUAUAAUUCAGUCAUGACUGUGUAUAUGCGGUGCUCAUGGAGGACAAUCUGAGUGGGUUCAUCUCACAUAUCCAUAUCCUCAAGUGCCAGACAGAUGUCGUCACCCAACCAGAUCUGGACCACAUCCCUGAGAGCCACAUGAGCCUUUCAACCCAAUGAAACCCUGAAUCUCCCACCUGAACCCGUACCAGCUUCCAUCUCCCCAACUACUACAAGUACUGUCUCCCCGCCACCCCCCAACUUGUACUACCACCCUCCACCUGACAGCUCUUGCCCUGCCCUGCCCACCUGCUGCAAUUCACCCUCCCUCCUCACCCUGCAUGCUGUUCACUGACUUACAUACACCACAUGAAGCAUGUUCAUU